AUGGAACCCAUAUACGCGUACGCCCUUUGUGGUGCAGCGGUCGCCGUCGCCGUCCUCACGAGGAUCCGCCGCCGACGGAGUCUGCGCAACAUCCGCGGGCCGUCCUCCCCGUCCUGGCUGUUCGGCAACGAGUACGAGCUCUUCCAUCAGGCCGAGACUGGCGACCUCGACUUUGCGUGGAUGAGGGAAUAUGGCCCGACCUGGCGUACCCAUGGGUACUUUGGGGCCGAGCAGGUCAUGACGACAGACCCCAAGGCUCUCGCCCACAUCUACAAGGCCGGAUACAACUACUACAAACGUGUGGACCUCAACCACAUGACAUAUCUCAUGCUUGGUCCUGGUGUUCUGUGGGCGGAAGGCGAGAAGCACCACCGACACCGCAAGGUCAUGAACCCAGCAUUUGCACCCGCCCAGAUCCGUGCUUUCGUGCCGCUCUUCCAGCGUACCGCACAAAAGCUCGCGCAACGAUGGCGGGCAGAGAUCGCGAGGGCGCCGGGGAAACCGCUGCUCGUGAACGAGUGGCUCGCGCGCGGCUCGCUCGACAUCAUAGGCGAAGCCGCGUUCGACUACGACUUCGGUGCCCUUGAUGGGCAGGAGAACCCGCUGGGCAAGGAGAUCAACGCCGUCAUUGGCGAGUCCCUGCUCGCGCCCAGCAAGGGCAUCCUGGCCGUAUGGGCUCUCUUCACGCUCCUCCCGGAACGGAUCCUGCUGCUCACCAAGCACACGCCCGCGGCGGCCUUCGCGCGCUUCCGCCGGCUCAACGCCAGCUUCGCCGCCAUCGGCCGUCCGAUUUACCGCGAGGGCGUCGCCGCGGACGCCUGGGAGUCAGGCGACCGCACCGCCCGCCGCGACGUCCUCAGCGUGCUGGUGAAGGCCAACCGGACCGAGCGCGCGAGCACCCGCCUGGGCGAAGACGAAGUGCUCGCGCAGAUGCACAACCUGACCGCGGCGGCGCAGGAGACGACGGCGACGACGCUCUCCUGGAUGUUCUGGGAGCUGGCGAAGCGGCCCGCGGUGCAAGCGGCCAUCCGGCGGGAAGUCCGCGACGCGCGCGGGGGUGCGCGCCCCGACGGCUUCACCGUCGAGGAGCUCGAGGGCAUGCGGCUGCUCGGGCCGCGAUCAAGGUGCGAGACGCUGCGCUACCACCCGACCGCGUUCCACCUGUGGCGCGUCGCGGCGGUGGCGGACGUAAUCCCGCUUUCCGAGCCGGUGGUGGGCGCGGACGGCCAGUGGAUUCACGAGAUCCCGAUCUCCGCCGGGACGGGCGUCCACAUCUCUGUGUGUGGUUACCACCGACUGAAGAGUGCGUGGGGCGACGACGCGCACGAGUGGAAUCCGGACAGAUGGUUCACGCUCGACCCCGCGAAGCAGGUCAAGAUCGGCAUUUACGAGAAUCUAAUGUCCUUUUCAUCGGGUCCUCAUGCGUGCAUUGGAUGGAAGUUCGGACUGUACCAGAUACAAGCGGUGGCUGCGGAAUUCCUCGAGCAAUUCGAGUUCGCGCUCCCGCUCGACAAGCCGCAUAUUCGCCGCACGCCUGCGGCAAUCAUGAUGCCGAUGGUGGACGGAAAGCCUGAGCUAGGUGCAGCGAUGCCGCUUCGAGUCUCGGUGGCGGCUUAA